AUGGAUCCUGUCUUUGAUACCCAAAGAUUUACAGAUGCAAGGGAGUUUAUCUACAAACUGAGUGGGCUGCUUAGCAGCCUAACAGCUUUCCUGCUUGAAAUAGUCCUUGCGUGCAGCUCAUGCUGGCGCCUGUGGGAAUUCAACAGCACAGCAGUGCAGUUUGUGUCCUUUGGACUAUGGGACGCUUACUACCAUCAAGAAGUUAAUGUUUCUGGUUCCCUAAACAAGAUUCUGGUGAACACUCCUAUCGAUUCAACUUGGACCAUUCCACCUGAAUUCCAGUAUGCUCAGAACCUGAUCGUUUGGGCCAUUUUGAUGAAGCCUAUAGUUCUUGUUUUCAGCACAAUGGCCAUUAAGAUCAGCUGCAUGAAACACCCACUUGUCGAGAUGCAGAUAUACUGCCAAAAGAUGGCUGCCUUAGUUUUGUUUGUAAGUAGCCUUUUCACUUUUUCUUCUGUGAGUGUGAACUAUCUGGAUGAUCUCUAUGGACAAUCUACUCUGGACUUCCCUGCUGACUUUCCUGUCCAGAAAGAAGACUUGAAACACAAACACCUUACAGCAGUAUUCCCAGUAGGGCUCCUGAUAGCCACCAUGUCACUCUUUGGUGUGAUCAUGUUUCUUUCUGAUAUAAUCUAUUUGAAACAAGAAAGUCAGGUGAAGGCCAAGUGUGCUUCCAAAGUGGCCUCUCAAGAAGCCUGAAGUGAGGACUCUUUCAUUCGCAACAUCUGUCAAAAGGUUCCUUGAACAAAAUGUCCUAUUCAUGGACAAAAUUCAUGUAGUCCUCAACUCAUUCUGAAUAAAUGUCU